AUGGCUGCUGUUCAGACCACCCCUCGUCUCUCGAAUCCCAUGCACUGCGCCCCACUCGGACAGGAUGAUCUGCCAAAGUCCGGCUUCUUCAGACGCCUGUCACAGUGGUUCUGGCCAGUGACAUUCUACGAAACCGACUACGACGACUACAACAUCACUAGCCCUCCGAGACUCGCCCCGGAACAUUCUGCAUCUCCGCAGUUCGAUAUCACUCGGGGACUCCGGAAACAGUCCGGUGCGGAUGAUACGAACUCGCCAUGCAAGACGUGCCGGAUGGCCGGAAUAGCCUGCGAUGGCCGACGACCACAUUGCUCGCAGUGUCUUAACGAACAGACACUUUGCUUCUAUGUGGAUCCGCUCAGGGUAUCAAAGAAGAAGCGGAAACAAUCAGCGGCUGCGCAAUCUCAUGUAUUGCCCAGUCUGAGUGAAGACAGAGAAGCCUCGUGA